UUUAACACGAUGACAUCUCCGCUGUUUGCUCUCUUUCUCACAUGUCUGUUCGUGGGGAAAAUGGCUCAGACUGCUGAUCUGAAAUUCCCCAUGUCUGUUAAUCGAGACAGCGAUUUUGUAUCUUUUAACACUGGGGACAACUUGACUUUGCAAUGUUUCUAUGACGUUGAUAUUGCUGCAAGGCUUUACUGGUAUAAACAUACAGUGGGACAGAAACCAAAGAUAAUUUCUACCUUCUACCUGUAUGACAAAAAUGUCACUUUCUAUGAUGAAUUCAAGGACAAUCCCCGCUUUACAGUGGACACCAGAAAUGGUAAAAAUCACUUGACAAUCACAGAUCUAAGUAUUUCAGACUCAGCCACUUACUACUGCUUAAGUUGCUAUUUAUACGCAUUAGACAUUUCUGAGAGUAUUACCGUCAGUGUAAAGGGUUCAGGUUUGAACAUCCCAGCUUUGGUCCAUCAGUCAGCAUCUGAGACCAUCCAGCCAGGAGGCUCUGUGACUCUGAACUGUACAGUACACACUGGGACCUGUGAUGGAGAACACAGUGUUUACUGGUUCAAAGACUCUGAAGAAUCUCAUCCAGGACUCAUUUACACCCAUGGAGGCAGGAAUGAUCAGUGUGAGAGGAAACCCAACACACAAACACACACCUGUGUCUACAACUUGCCGAUGAAGAGCCUGAAUCCUUCUCAUGCUGGGACCUACUACUGUGCUGUUGCCUCAUGUGGACACAUACUGUUUGGAAACGGGACCAAGCUGGACUUUGAAGAUGAGGUUGACUUGGCGUAUUUCUGGAGGGGAUUUUCAGCAUUCACCACCAUCCUGGUUGUUUUACUGGCUUUCUCAGUCUGCAUGAUGAACAAGACAAACAGCUGCCGAUCUUCAGAGUCUCAAACAAGAUGUUCAGCUCCCUCCACAGCAAAUGCAGAGGAUUACCAAAACGUAGACAACCUGUAUUAUGCUGCCUUAAGUGUCAACCUCUCCAAGAGAUCAAGAACACAGAGGGAUCAAACCUGGAGUGAGUGUGUGUACUACAGUGCAAAGCAGUAGAACUGGACUUACUUUUGUCAGACAUUUGCCAAUAAGACAGGAAUUAUUUGUGCCUCUUUUAGAGUAUAUCUUAGAUUUUGGAUUAAGUUUGGAAUAAAUAUCAUUUUCUAUUAACUUUGUAUGUUUAAUUGCUCUACGUUGACUAAUGUGUAUUGUUAGGAUCUUGUUUUGUGGUUUGAAGCUGAAUAUUUCCACCAUGUAACCUUGUUACAAUUAUUUUUGUAACUUACCCAGCAUAUUUAGAAGCUUAGAUUCAUUGAUUGUUGUGACGCGUGGACUUUAAGGAUCGAGAUUGACUCAUAUUUUCUGAUCCUUUUAACAAAAUAAUGUAUGUGUUUAUGCGUGAAUUUUAU